CCGGCGGGCGCGAGCGUGUGUGUGCGCCCCGGGCGCGGGCAGGGCAGCGCUGCGGCCGCGGCGGGAGCGGAGGGAGCCGGGCGGCCGCGUCGUCACUCGGGAGAGCGAGCGAGAGAGGCGGCGGCCGGGGCCGGGGCCGGGACAGCGGCGGCCGCGCCGGGCAUGGAGCUGCCAAGCCUGCGCUGAGGCGGGACGCGCCCGCGAGAGGCUCUCCGCCGUCCGGCGCGCGGGCCCGAGCCGGGGCCGGGCAAACUUUUCUUUCUCUUUUGCCCUCGCCUGAGGCGCCUUCUGCGGCGGGCGGACGGACUCCUCGGCGCGGCGGGGCCGGGGCGAGCUGGACGCAGCAUGAUGCGCGCCGUGUGGGAGGUGCUGGCCGCGCUGGUCGCGCUGGCGUGCCUGGUGGGCGCGGUGCGCGCCGGCCCCGGGCUCAGCAUGUUCGCGGGCCAGGCGGCGCAGCCCGACCCCUGCUCGGACGAGAACGGCCACCCGCGCCGCUGCAUCCCGGAUUUUGUCAACGCGGCCUUCGGCAAGGACGUGCGCGUGUCCAGCACCUGCGGCCGGCCCCCGGCGCGCUACUGCGUGGUGAGCGAGCGCGGCGAGGAGCGGCUGCGCUCGUGCCACCUCUGCAACGCGUCGGACCCCAAGAAGGCGCACCCGCCAGCCUUCCUCACCGACCUCAACAACCCGCACAACCUGACGUGCUGGCAGUCGGAGAACUUCCUGCAGUUCCCGCACAACGUCACGCUCACGCUGUCGCUCGGCAAGAAGUUCGAGGUGACCUACGUGAGCCUGCAGUUCUGCUCACCGCGGCCGGAGUCCAUGGCCAUCUACAAGUCCAUGGACUACGGGCGCACGUGGGUGCCCUUCCAGUUCUACUCCACGCAGUGCCGGAAGAUGUACAACCGGCCGCACCGCGCGCCCAUCACCAAGCAGAACGAGCAGGAGGCCGUGUGCACCGACUCGCACACCGACAUGCGCCCGCUCUCGGGCGGCCUCAUCGCCUUCAGCACGCUGGACGGGCGGCCCUCGGCGCAUGACUUCGACAACUCGCCGGUGCUGCAGGACUGGGUCACCGCCACUGACAUCCGCGUGGCCUUCAGCCGCUUGCACACGUUCGGCGACGAGAACGAGGAUGACUCGGAGCUGGCGCGCGACUCGUACUUCUACGCUGUGUCCGACCUGCAGGUGGGCGGCCGCUGCAAGUGUAAUGGCCACGCUGCUCGUUGCGUGCGCGACCGCGACGACAGCCUGGUAUGUGACUGCAGGCACAACACGGCUGGCCCGGAGUGCGACCGCUGCAAACCCUUUCACUACGACCGGCCCUGGCAGCGCGCCACAGCCCGCGAGGCCAACGAGUGCGUGGCCUGUAACUGCAACCUCCAUGCCCGGCGCUGUCGCUUCAACAUGGAACUCUACAAGCUGUCGGGUCGCAAGAGCGGGGGCGUCUGCCUCAACUGCCGCCACAAUACGGCCGGGCGCCACUGCCAUUACUGCAAGGAGGGCUUCUACCGAGACAUGGGCAAGCCCAUCACCCACCGGAAGGCCUGCAAAGCCUGCGAUUGUCACCCCGUGGGUGCUGCUGGCAAGACCUGCAACCAGACCACCGGUCAGUGUCCCUGCAAGGAUGGGGUGACGGGUAUCACCUGCAACCGCUGCGCCAAGGGCUACCAGCAGAGCCGCUCGCCCAUCGCACCCUGCAUCAAGAUUCCUGUAGCACCGCCAACCACUGCAGCCAGCAGCGUGGAGGAGCCAGAAGACUGCGAUUCCUACUGCAAGGCCUCCAAGGGGAAGCUGAAGAUUAACAUGAAAAAGUACUGCAAGAAGGACUACGCCGUCCAGAUCCACAUCUUGAAGGCAGACAAGGCAGGGGACUGGUGGAAGUUCACGGUCAACAUCAUCUCCGUGUACAAGCAGGGCACAAGCCGCAUCCGCCGCGGUGACCAGAGCCUGUGGAUCCGCUCCCGUGAUAUCGCCUGCAAGUGCCCCAAAAUCAAGCCCCUCAAGAAGUACCUGCUCCUGGGCAACGCCGAGGACUCGCCUGACCAGAGCGGCAUCGUGGCGGACAAAAGCAGCCUGGUGAUCCAGUGGCGGGACACGUGGGCACGGCGGCUACGCAAAUUCCAGCAGCGGGAGAAAAAGGGCAAGUGCAAGAAGGCCUAGCGUGCGCAGCUGGGCGCCACUGCCGGGCACGCGCACGCGAGCGAGCCGGCGGCCCGCGGUGGACUCGGCCCGCGAGGGCUUUCCCAGGUGGGGGGAGGGAGGGGCGGGGCCGCAGCCGGCGUGGGGCGGGGCCCUCGGAGGCCCCGCCCCCGGCCCCACCCUGCGCGCCCCUGGUGGGAGCAGCGUUAACACACAGGCAGGGUGCGCGGCGGGCGGGUCCAGCAGAAAUGAGGACGAGACGCAGCUACCUCACGGGGCUCCUUCCAGAGCAGAGAUGCGCUUCCCUAGGGCUUGGUGGGGUCCCCGUGGAGGGGUUGGGGGCAGCUCCCUUGGUGCCAGGGAGCAGGCACAGAAUGGCACAGGCAGGCGCAGACGCAGGUCGCUGAUGGUCACGGAGAAGGGGCGUGAGGAGCACUGUGAAUUUUUAGGCCGCAGCCUGCCAGAGGAGCCUGGCAAGCCUGACAAAACCACCACCCCACCCGAGAGACAAAAGCCCCUCUUCCCUCACUCUGCUGUCUAGGAAUUCCCACAGCACAGCACUCCUGGCUGGGACAACCUGGGCCCGUCUGAGGAGGCUGGGGUGGCACGGGAGGAGGGGAAGAAGUCUGUCCAGCCAGCAUUCUUCAUGUGGCCUCCAGUCUCCAUGGCCACCUGCUGGGUUGGUUCUCCUGGGUGGGGUGCGGGGUGUGGGAUGGGGGUUCAUCUGUGAGGGGCGAGGCUCCUGGUGCCCGUCCCACCGGGCCAGGGGCUGAUCCAGGCCUCUGGCCAGUCAAGCAGUGGGCCCAGCGUCACCCCUGAAAGCCCGAGCCGGGUGGUCACUGCCUCCCGCUGGAGCUGCCUGUGGGAGGAGGCAUUGGAAGGCAAAACCUCCCAGAGAGUUUCCUUUUUGGAAACUUGGAACCAGCCCCUUUUAUGACAUUUUCCAGGGCCGGGGAAGGGGCACUGGCUGCGUUUACAGCAAUGACACUAUUUGUGUAAUGACAUCAGCUCCCACAAGGCCCCUCAGCAGUGUCAACAGCUGGAAAGGGCACGGCCGGGCAGGGGAGGCAGCGGCAGGGCCUGCCUUGGGGGAGGGGGCUAGCUGGCUCAGCGAGGUGCCAGGGUGCCCGUGUCCCGGUGGGCAGGGCUGGGAAUGGCCACACUCCUGGGAGCCAUGGCAACCUUGACCACUUCCUGUCGCUGUCCUCACUGUUGACUUCCAAGGGACUGGACAAGGGUAUUGUGCUAAGAAGCCUGCUGAGGCCAGCCCAGGGCUAUCACUGUCCAGCGUGGGCAGCGCCUCGUGCACUCCUUCCUGGCCACCCUGUGUAGACCUCCCCAUACUUUGCAGUUGCCCAGCCCCUUCCCAGACUACUGGAGACUCCUCAAGCAGGCGGGUCCCACCCAGCCUUUCAGCGUGGUUGUCUUGCAGGACCUUUCCCUGUGCUCCUGCUGUCCCGGGCUGCUCUGCACUGGGCCUCCGCCCCGUCCUCACACCCUGCACUCAGAAUGAGAAGCUUGGCUCCCUCUCAGGCAGGAAAUUGGUUUCAUUUUGCCUGCCAGAGCUUGGCUGCUCCAAAGCGCCGUAUACUGAGCAUGGGGCUCAGCCUCUUGGCGACUGGGAUUCCCGCUUCCCUCACUUCUGCGUGUCACCAUUUAACUGCCAUUUACGAGCACCUGCUCCGUGCCAGGCACUUUACCUCCACGUUUCCAGCCCGUCAUCCCGUGGGACAGGAUUCUCGCUUGUUCCCACCAGGCGGGGAGCUGGUGCACACUUGCCCAGGGCAUGCUCCAAGUGUGUGCAGCGCUGGACUCAGACCCGGAGUCCGCUCAGCUGUCCCUGCCCUCCGUGCCUGCCUGCAGCGGCUGUGAGGGGUGCUCGUGGGCUGCCGCCCAGACUGUGUGCAGCCUCUGGAGGACUUCAGGUCCAGACUAGAGAGGGAGCCGAGGGACGGCAGGGACACGCGUGCUGUCCUCAGAGGGGGAGCAGGGCAGCACUCGGCUUCAUCUGAGGGAGGCAGCAAGGCAGACCGCAGUUCUCAAGCCCCCACAUAGGGAGCAUGGGUUGCACGGUGGGGGGAAUUCUGGGAGACACUGGUGCAGAUGCUGGGAGACAGCUGCUCUAGGAAGGGGCAUUGGGCUCCCCGCAGCUCUAGGCUGGAGGGCAAGGGCCUCACGCCAGGCCCUAGGCCUAGCGUGAUGGGGUGAAUACCAUUAGCAGCAGCAGGCACCCCGAUGCCGGAGCAGUGGGCCUGUUUAUCUGCACCAUCUUGCCCAGAAGACUGCAGCGGCCCCAGCGGGUCCCUCUGGGUCUGGCUCUCACCCUGGGUCGGAGAAGGACCCCUCAGCAGUGGAGCCAGGGUCUUGCCCAGCAACGCAAGCCCAAGCCAGCCUCCAGCUCCGCCUGCUGGCUCAGCCAGCGCUUUCCUCGGUGGGGCAGGGGCCAUCCACCUAGACCUGACCCCUGGGGGACUGCGGCAGGGUGGCCAGGUCAGCCAGGUGGGAGAUGAGGUCACUGCUGAGAUUGCACAGUUGGUCACAGGCUGCCUCUCUCGUCCCAGAACCAGCCCACGCCCCUGCUCCCUGACCCCGACCUCAUGGUGAGGACCCAGCCUCAGCAAGGCCACCGCCCCACCCAGGGGACACGCAGAUGAGAACCAGGAGCCGCAGGUCCAGUUGUACAGUUAGAAAGGGAAGUAAAGCGGAACUAGAGUUUGAUUUUGAAGAGUGUAUUAACCAGAACUGUGAUGCGUAGGUUUUGAGGACCAGAUUAGUCUUUUUUUUUGGUUUUUAAAAGAUUCCCCAGGGCCUCUUGUCCCUUCUUUUUUCAUCAGCUGGGUGGUCUGGUGCUCCUGACCGCUGCGGCCCUGCCUUACUGAUGCACAGAGGGAAACUCAAAGGGUGUGCAGCGGAGGGACGGGCAGAGACAGACUGCCCACCUGGAGCCCCUCCAGGCCGUGGCCUCUCCUCCCAGCUGCUGGGCUUGGAAAGCAGGGUGGGAGGCCGCAGCCACAGGUUCCUACAGGUGGGAGAAGAGGGCACGGGGUGGGGUGGUCAAAGCCCAGAGAGGCCGGGGGGCUGCCCAAGGUCUCCAGGGACCUCGGACUGCCUCAGUAGUAACAUGCAUGAAAUGGGUAGAGACUUCGAGGGUGCCCCAGCUGGGAAUGAGAUGGAAGUCAGAAGAGACUCUCAGGGCCUGAGAAAUGGUUCCUUUGGGGUCUCAAUACUUGAAGGACCCCUUUCUUCCCCCGAGCCUAGAGAGUGGAUAAACCAGACUCACUGAUGUGCCGCGGUUCAGCACAGACAUUCCUGCGGACCACAGCCCCGCCAUACCCCAGGGGUAGGUACCAAAACUGUCCUGUGGGGCCUCGCCCCUGCCCAAAUCCAAGCCAGACCCCUCCCUGUGUCAGUGGACGCUCCCGCCCACCCUCCCCGCUCCCUCUCGUGUUACGGAUUUCUGUUCACUCAGAACUGUAAAUGUUUAGUUGUGACCAUGACAUAUUGUUUGGGUCAGUGUUCCUUUCCAAUGCAUACUAAUAUAUUAUGGUUAUUAUAUAUGAAUAUAUUUAAUGACAUGGAAAAAGUUGUGGAUUUUUUUAAGGUUUUUUCUGUUAGAGUUGUAAUGGACCCAGAUGGAACUUGUAAUGUGGGCCCCACAUGAUAGAACUAAAUUCAGAUUAUCAUUAAAUAAACUCUUGUAUACUG